AUGUCCUCUGCAUUGUCGCCGUCGUCCAACACGUACGUGCGCCUUGUGGUGUACUGCGAUGAGGAGCCGGAUCCUCUCACGUUGCCCGACGUGCCGCUCCCACACCACGUCGAGAGCUUAAGGCGCUUCGUCGAGGACAAAGUAGGCAAACGAGCGAAGUUGCUCUCCUACUGGAACUAUGCCCACAACCGGUACGAGCUGCUGCGCGAUGUGCGGGAACUGCUGCAGGAGGAUGGGCGUAUUCUUUCGAGCAGCCCACCCAGGUCGCGGCCGCAGUCGCGGGUGCGGGGCGGCGCGCGCGACGAAGCUGAUGAAGAGGGAGCGCACGACUCGGCAACAUCGCGCAGCGGGCGGUCCAGCGGUAGGUCGGCGACCGGGCACCCCCCGCACGUCUAUCGCGGUCAGCUCUGGUUAGAAACUGUCCUGCUGCAAUUGGAGCCUCUCGAUGCGCGACGGGACGCGGCCGAGUACGAUGAGUUGCGCCGUCACGUGGCACGUUGGCUCGGUAACAAGCACGUCGGUUACGAGGUCCACGACGCCGUGCGAGUCCGCUGCCCGUUUCUGACGCGCAUGUUCGACGAGACCCGCAGCACGCGGCUCGAGGGCAGCCGGGACAAGGUGCAGCUGCUCUACUACAGCAACAACGCGUGGAGUGUGCGGGACGUCUUGCAGUACGGCUUCCUGCUGGAUAGGGAGGUGCCCAGGUCCAUGGCAGCCGUCGUGCACGCGCAGAGCGGCGGGUCGGAUAUUUCGACGACGAGCGAUACGCGCUUGAGCAUUCCCGUGCCAACGAACGCACAGGCUGCCUCGUCCAGUAGACAGGCGGCGCCGGUGGAGGACGUGUUCGACUCCCAGGCGCACCCUUUUAUCUUCACCUCCUCCAUGCUGGGACCAAACGUGAAGCACCCGCCGGCCUGUGCGGUGCCGCACAAGGUACUUCUCUGCGAGGUUGCGCCUGGGCGGCGUUUCAUGAUGGAUCAAAGCCUCACUGGGGAGCCCACUGGCAGAAGGUCUUCUCCGCAGCCGAUCGUCAAAGCCCCUCCUGGCUACGACAGCGUGUGCUACAUGCGCACCCGCGACGACCGUGUCAGUGUGAAGUCGGGGGACGCGGCGAGCGCCAUGGCGGAGGACAUCUCCAUUGUGCAGGUGCAGGUCGGCCACAGCUAUCAGGCCUUACCGCGCUACCUACUCACUGUCGCCCCCACCGGCGGCCCGCCAUCGCGGCUCCCGUUCUUCGACUCCACCGUAUCGGCCACCGCCAGCCCGGUGCGGGCUCCAGGGUCUACCGCGGCCGCAGCGGCAGCGCGCGAGGACGCAGAGAAGCGGCACGCCUCUGCCGCCGCAUCGCAGUCAGGUCAGCUGAAAGAGUGGUGGCCGUCGAGUCCGUUCCGCAGCCCCCAAAAGCGCAGUGAGAAGAACACGAGUACACCGAUCCGACCCCCGCGUAGCCUUUCAGCCUCGCCCGACUCCCUCCCCAUCACGCCACGCACCGCGUACGGAAGCCGCGGCUCCGUCAGCGGCAACACCAACGCUAGUAGAGGCGCGUACACCACUCCCCGGCGAGCGGCAUCCGCGGCGGCGGCGCCGCACCCCGACUUGGACGCAGCGGACAGAGACUACGACUAUGUUAGCGGUGGCAGCGGCGCGGUCGCACCCUCGCGUGCGCACUCCCAGCCACGACCCCACCCUAACGCCUCUCUUCCUGUUUCCCACAGAGAAGACCGCUUUGGCGACAGUGGUGGCGGUUCCUUCGGAGGUGUCCGGCCGGCUCAGAACUCGCCAUGGGGGGCGGCGUCGCCGUCCGCCGUCAAUCGCAUGCCAGGUGGACUUUCUCCUCCCGUGAACGGCUUCAACGGCGGGUCGCCUUCGCGCGAGGCGCUGCAGGGCUCAGGGCCACGCGUAGACUCUGCCGUGCGUGCGUCACCGCGGCGCCUUUCUCGUCCACGGGCGGGCGGCGAUCCCGGCUUCGACCCUCCCACCCCACCGUUGCCUGCACGCGGCGAUGCGAACCAAAACGCGCGCAGCGGUCUUCUCUACAGCGGCCUCCAGGCGGCCACCAAGAACCACAACAAUAUCAGCCGUAGCGAUUUCUCCCUCUCCCCGCAGCGGUGGGCUUUGCCAAGCGUGCAGAACCCCCACAACGCUAGUAUAGCGGGAAGCAGUGCACCGCUGAAUAGGAGCGGCACGUCUCGUUACGGUCCGACAGAGUGGUCAUCAGCGCACCCCCUCAUCCCUGCGUUCCACGUCUCAGCCGACCACCACCACAAUAGCAACAGCAGCGGUGAGAGAGUUGUACCACUUCCUGGCCCGUUACCUUCACCGUCGUCCAUUAUGCGCCGGAGCUCCUCCUCCGUUGGUGCGUCACCGCGGCUCCCUCCGGCGGCACCACCACCGGCUGCCUUCAACCAGUUUCUCUGCACUAUCCACCCACGUCAGCUGCAGUCUUUGUACUGUACCGCGUGCGCGGAGCUGACGUGCCCGUACUGCGCCAGCAUCGGUGCCCAUCGCGAGCACGUCGUGGUAGAAGCUGCCGACCAGGUGCCGGCCGUGCACGCCGAGGUGCACAAGCUAUACGAAGAGCUGCGUCACUGGCUGAGUGAGUAUCGGCACACGGAGGAGAAGCUGCGCUCGGAGCACGCGAGCCAACUCGCGCGACAGCAGCGGGAAUUCCGAACUCUCCAGCAGAACUUUCAAGCGCUGAAGCAGACACUGCAGCAAACGGAGCGGAACAUGACCCAAACAGUGCAGCAGCGCACGUGUCCGCCACCCUUCGCAGAGGCCUCGGCGGUCAUCGGCAAGUACGCGCAGGCCCUCGCACCGAUCAGCGCGGCGCUGACCCGCUAUCACAACGCCCAGGACAACACCAAUACAUCCCUUUCGCAGGCCCCGCCUGGUCCACCCAAUGUAGCGAAUGGCGGCCGAGGCGCGACACGCAGCAUACCCGAGAUGCUGCACUUUUUGCGCACCGCACCUCCGCUGGUGCGACGCGUGGAGGAGAGCUUCGCGCAGCAUCACCAAGAGGAGGAGCGCCGGCUGCGGGACGGCAUCGCUAGCUACCACGCCCGUGCCGACGCGGUGGAGGGGGUUUACGACCACGUUGACUGGGUCGGGCUGAAGCGACUGCUCGAGCACCUCGGCAGCAGCCGGAGCACGCGCGGCGUAAAGGAUUCGGCGUCACGAGAGCGGUCGCCACGCCGUGAGUCGUCGGCGCUGUCCUUCUUUGACGGCGUGGCGGACGGCAGCACCGAGUCUGCGGUGCGCGUGCGGGGCCGCAACUCUGCGCGGUCGUCUCCUCUUUCGUCGCGUCUGGUGAGGUUCGACAGCGGCGACGUGUCACGCCGUCUCUUGCCUGGUCGAUCGCCUGUCCGCCAGCUUGCCGUCGGCGACGAUCUCGCGUCCUGCGUGUCACACCGAACAUCGCCACCGCCGUCGACGAAACAGGACCGGUUGCUGCUGCGCUGCCUGGAGGACCUCCAGCGCGGCCACAUCUGGGCCAUCCAAGACGCGUCUUCAUACUUUGCGCCGGGUCAGCUAAAGGCGGUCUGCUCCACAUCAUUUCGACUGCUCGGCGCACAGUGGGAGUUGCGCCUCGCCCCGCUGCCCCCGUCGUAUCGAACACAACAGAGACGAAAUAGCGCUCCCGCGUCGUCGUCGUCGCUGCUAGUCGCACCCGGCAUGAAUGCCGGCAUGAUGGCCACCACCGCCUCCACGUGGCUGCCGACGAUCCUGGACGGCAAUGGCGACUGUUCAGCAGCGCCGGCAGUAGCCCACUCCCCGCUCGCCACGCAGUCUGUGCUGGAUGCAGACGGACGGGCAGGGCCUGAUACCGUUGUGGGCGGUCGCCGCAGUGCGCCGGAGGAGGAGUGGCUCGGCCUCUUUGUGUUUCCGUUGCAACAUCGACUGCGGAUGGACUUCCGCGUCAUUGCCUUUUCCGAGGUGACGUGGGCGGAGUGGCAGGUGACAGGGUGGCCGACGGAGAUGGCUGGCAAAGGUUGGGGUCUGUACCCCUUUCUGCAGCGCAAGGAGCUCAUGCGGACGGACAAGUUGGCGCGCGACAACACCGUGAAGAUAUGCGUAGCUCCCAUCAGCGAUCUGUACUGA